CCGUCCUCUCCGUACUUCCUCUACGUCACAGUCAGUAUGGCGCUGCCCUGGUGAGCCACGCCGCUGUGCAGACGGAGCCGGAGAGUCCGAUAAACACCAGAAUAAAGCAGAAACUGACCGCCCGGCAGACGGAGGAGCCGCCACUGGACACUCGGACCGCAGCCCUGAACUCGGACCUUCUCAGUCAUGUCGGGGAGACACAACAACAAGCUGCCCACCAACCUGCCCCAACUCCAGAACCUCAUCAAGAGAGACCCCCGGUCCUACACAGAGGAGUUCCUCCAGCAGUUCCGUCACUAUCAGUCCAACAUCCAGAUCUUCAAACACCAGCCAGACAAACCCAACAAAGACCUGGCCGAGCUGGUGAUGUUUCUGGCCCAGGUCGGUCACUGCUAUCUGGAGGAGCUCUCCAGUUUCCCUAAAGAACUGACCGAGCUGCUCUUGAAUCACCACACAGUGCUGGAGCCGGACCUCCGAAUGACGUUUUGCAAAGCGCUGAUUCUGUUGAGGAACAAAGACCUGAUCGACCCCACGAGUCUCCUGGAGUUGUUCUUUGAGCUGCUGCGCUGCCACGACAAGCUUCUGAGGAAGACUCUGUACACUCACAUCGUGACCGACAUCAAGAACAUCAACGCAAAGCAUAAGAACAACAGACUGAACACAACCCUGCAGAACUUCAUGUACACGAUGCUGAGAGAUUCAAACCCCAUCGCGGCCAAGAUUUCUUUAGAUGUGAUUGUGGAGCUGUACAAAAGGAAUAUCUGGAAUGAUGCCAAAACAGUGAAUGUUAUCACAACAGCCUGUUUCUCCAAAGUUACGAAGAUCCUGGUGGCUGCCCUGACGUUUUUCCUGGGAAAAGACGAAGAUGAGAAAAAGGACAGUGAUUCAGAAUCAGAGGAGGACGGACCUUCAGCCAGAGAUCUGAUGGUCCGAUACUCCACAGGAAAGAAGACAUCCAAGAACAAGAAGAAGCUGGAGAAAGCCAUGAAAGUCCUGAAGAAACACAAGAAGAAAAGGAAAGUGGAGGUGUUUAAUUUCUCUGCGAUUCACCUGAUCCAUGAUCCUCAGGAUUUUGCGGAGAAGCUCCUGAAGGAGCUGGAGAGCUCGAAGGAGCGCUUUGAGGUGAAGAUCAUGCUGAUGGAGUUCAUCUCCAGGCUAGUGGGAAUUCAUGAGCUUAUUCUCUUCAACUUCUACCCGUUUGUCCAGCGGUUCCUACAGCCUCAUCAGAGGGAAGUUACAAAGAUUCUGCUGUGUGCUGCUCAGUCUGCUCAUCACCUGGUUCCUCCUGAGAUCAUUGAGCCGGUGAUUAUGACCAUCGCCAACAACUUUGUGACCGACCGGAAUUCAGGAGAGGUCAUGACUGUCGGUCUUAACUCCAUAAAGGAAAUCGUGGCGCGGUGUCCGCUCUCCAUGUCGGAGGAUCUGCUCCAGGAUCUCGCCCAGUACAAGUCUCAUAAAGACAAGAAUGUGGUGAUGUCUGCUAGAGGACUAAUCCAGCUGUUCAGAGAACUCAACCCACACAUGCUUCACAGGAAAGACAGGGGGAAGCCCACAGAGUCGUCUGCUGAAGCCAGGAUCCAGGACUACGGUGAGCUGGAGGCUAAAGACUACAUCCCUGGAGCCGAGGUCCUGGAGCUGGAGGAGGAGCCCAAAGGAGAUGAUGAUGAUGAAGAUGGCUGGGAGAGCGCCAGCAUGAGCGAGGAUGAGGAUGAUGGAGAGUGGGUGAAUGUACACCACUCCUCUGAUGAAGAUCAGGAAGAAGUGGCGGAGAAGCUCCAGAGUAUCCCCGCAGAGGAGAGGAAGGCUAAAGCCGCAGUGGUCAGCGCCAGCCGGCUCCUCACGCAGGACGAUUUCAAGAAGAUCCGCCUCGCACAGAUGGCCAAAGACGUCAACGCCGCGCCUGGAAAGGGCCAGAAGAGGAAGAAGGCCGACAGUGAUGAGGAGGAGAGAGGGGAGCUGCUCACACUGAGAGACAUCGAGCGUUUACACAAGAAACCCAAGUCUGACAAGGAGACCAGACUGGCCACAGCUUUGGCUGGCCGGACGGACAGGAAGGAGUUUGUGAAGAAGAAGACCAAACUGAACCCGUAUGCCAGCACCAGCAACAAGGAGAAGAGGAAGAAGAAGAACUUCAUGAUGAUGAGGCAGAGCCAGACCGUCCGGACCAAAGGCAAACGCUCCUUCAGAGAGAAACAGGCUGCUCUCAGAGAUGCGCUGCUGAAGAAGAGGAAAUUCAAGUAGCCUGGUGGACGUUAAGGAUGGUAGAUCUGUCUCUUCUGCCGGGUUCAGUUUGGGAAAGGACUGAGGACCAUUCGCUUCAGCCUGGCGUCAGAGUCUCUGUACAGUAUUCGGUUAUGCUGAUUCUCAUACUUAAAAACCUGUAUUAAAUACAUUUUACAGUUAAACACUGA